CCCACUACUUCCGGUCAGAGUGACCCUUACAUUCUCUAUCACUCAGAGUGUUCGAUGAACUUUAUGUCAUGUAAAACGUCCUCAAAAAACGAUCACUUGGACAACGAAGACAUCUUGUAUUUAUGCAUCUACAAUGAACCUUCAGAUUUUUUCACACGGCUAUGGUCUCCUAGUGAAGUGGGACAAAUUCAACAAAGCGGUCUAGAGGUGCGAUUUAUCUUAACAUGAGUUGUUAGAAAUUCGACUUUUGUUUUCGUCGAAAACAAUAGAUUCAAUAGGCGUUUUUAUCGUCGUGUAAUUAUUUGGUACGAAAAGUUCUGAUGCUAUUCAAAUUAGGAUAUUAUUCCAUACCCGUUUUCACUAAAAACAACUGAACAAAUUGUUAUGCGCAUUUAUAUAUGCGACUGUUCGGGAAACGAUAAUAAGACUAUAAAUAGAUCGUUGUCGAGUGUUUAUAAGGUGAAUUUUUCUUGUGUUCUUUCUCGUGCGAUCAGGGGCACUAUUCAAAAGAACUAGGAAACGUAAAUGGUGCGUGAAAAAACUUGCUCGAGAAGAAAGGAAAACAUCGUGCAACCCUUGCUGACAGAAACAAUAUUUAAUAUUCCCGCCUGUGGGAAUUAUUAAACAGGUUGGCCGCGAACUGCUUCUCCCGGAUUGAACGAGCUUAUUUAUUCAUUUAAACAUAGCCGCGUUGAAAUGAACAUCACGCAGAGCGUGCUCAGAGAUCACUCUCGAUUACGUGUUGGUAACGAGAAGACGGAUUAGAAUCUUCAAAAGCACAGUAUUAUGGCGAUUUGAAUAAACAUUGAAGAGGGCAAACCGGAAACCCGAACUAUGACUACUGCGACAGAAGAAAUCGUCGUUAGCGUUACCCCGCGUAAUAGAGCGAAUUUUCGAAGGCUCAAAACUAAUAGCAUACAGAGUUAUAAACGAUGGGAAAAGGAGAACGAACUUCUGUACGCCAUGAUGGAAGACGAAAGCGAGUGGUUAGCCAAGUUAUUUCCCGAUGUGGUGAUCACUCCGGAUUUUUACUUCUACGCUUUGGAAGACGGUUCGCUACUUUGCCGACUUGCGAAUUACAUCCAAGAGAAAGCGGAAUUAUAUUCCAAGAGGCACCACAUUCCUGUGCCUGGAAAGAAAUUUCGCUAUCAUACUAUGGGCAAAUGUAGUAAAGAAAUCAAACUUUUUAAAUCCAGGGAAAAUGUGCAACAGUUUCUCACCUGGUGUCGAAGUCACGGCAUUCCCGAAGCAAUCUUAUUCGAAUCGAACGAUGUUGUGCAAGUUGACGAUUAUCGAGAGGGUUGCAGGGGGAUUAUUAUUUGCCUCAUGGAAAUUGUAAGAAGGACAGCAAAGUUUGAACUUGAUGAACUACCAAAGUUAAUUCAGAUGGAGAAAGAAAUCGAAGAGGACGAGGCACAAUCUCACUCGGACAUUUCAAAUGGGCAAGGGCAGGUUUUGGACGUGGUGGAAAUAAACAACCAGGAGGUACAAGGGACAGAUCCACCAGAAAUUCAAAGCCCCAGUUCUAUGGACUCUGAUUCCGGAGUGGACUCAGUGUUUGACCUAGAAGAAGGAGAUAAUGCAGCUUCUCGCCUUAAAGAGUUUUGGCAUGAAGAGAGAGAAAUUAUAGAGAAAACGGAGAUUACUACAACCACUGUGACACGAAAACAAAACUUGUUGAAACCAAAAGAUCAAAAAAGUUCCCCAAAGAAGACGUCUAAAGAACUUCCGUCUCUGUUAGCAAGCACCGGGCCGAAAUCCGAAUUAGAUAAACAGGUUAGUAGUUUAUAUGCAUUUUGCAGUAAAUUUUAUGUUAACUAAAUGAAAAGUUUUAAGUACUGCUAAUUAACGAUUCCAUGGAUGAACGCAGUUUAAAAAAAACAUACUACACUGGUGAGAAUGUUUGCAAACUGACUUGUUUCGAUCUGAGUUCGAUAAGUAGGAGGUGGAAUUUCAUGUGUCCGGACUAAACUGCUUAAUUAUAACUUCCCCGAAAAAAAAAAUCCACAUAAUAUGAGUACAAAAUAAAAUUUUUUAGUGUGUACAGUUAAGCAAUAUCCGAUCAGUGCAGUGCCACUGAUGGCGCUCAUAUUAUGCAAAUAUAAUUCCACUUCAUUAAUUGCUGAUCAAAGUUGAUAACAACGACAUUCUGGUCGACUCGCGUUUCGUCUGAAACUCAUCUUUCAUCUAAGAACGGAAAAUUGAGCCCCUUAUGAAAGCUAUUGUGAAUUGUAAUUUUAUUUAUAUGUCGAUACUAAAAUGGCUCGAAAUCAUUAAUAAAUAUAAUACAUUUACAAUGUAACCUGAUAUAAAAGUCGCAUUUUUGGACAAUUAAAACCACCUGUCCCAUGUCAACAGCCGGAAAGCUUUUUUACUUAGCGAAAAUAAUAGCGUCGUAUUAAGUUUGAAUGGUUUUUUGAGACACGUCUUCAGCCUAAAUCCAUGGAAACAAGUUUACGUUCGGGCGCCAGCUUUUCCCUGGCUAAAAAGCCAGUCAAAUGCACUUUAAAAUCACGCAAGCCAAGUAUUGAACUGCAGUUCUUGAAAGCUUUAGUUAUAAAAAGUGAUGAUUUUUUUACGAAAGUAAAUAGUAUUUGCAUAGUUAUAAUGGCUAGGUGCAUUAUACAGCUCUAAAAGGUCAAUAUUUUUCCUACCACCCUGCCAGAAGCCCAUGCCAAGAUAUAAGUAUUUUUAGAAAAGAACAUUCUCUACUGAAAAUUUCUAUAUUGGUAUAAACAUAUAGAUCUUGGAUGAAAAUAAGUGUGUACAUCACAGCUAAUUAAAGAAUGAAAUUUGCAAUUUAAUAAGUUCAACCCAGGGCUUAAACAUGUUAAAAUCAUGAAUAGUUUAUAGCAUGCCACAUAAGCAGUGAUAUUGUUAUACAAACACAGUCAUAUUUAAUAAAAGUGUCACAAUUUAUUCAUAAAUGUAGUCAAAUGUCAACGUAUUGAAAUUCAUACUUGGCUCUAGGGCUUGGGGGAAUGAAACAAAAGAAGUGUAUCAAUUAUGCAUCCCAAAACCUAGUCUUCUUCGCAGCUGCUCAGACCCUGACUCCAGCCUGAGUGUCUGUGAAGGAGACUACCCAAAAAUUGAUCAAGGAAUUUUUUAUAUUAUUUACCCAUUAGCCUUGCAGCCAAGUAUGAGUUUUAACACUGUGCAACUGGUCUAUUCAUAGUGUUUUUUUAAAAAUAAAAUCCCUUUUACUUCCAAAUAUUCUGUUCAAUUUUUAAAUUGAGAGAAGUGUCUUCGUGUGCCUGAUAAAGUGCUUCAAAAUAUUUCUUUUUUUAGUCUGAAAACUGAUUUUUUUAUAUCCAUAAAACUUUUUGAAAUCUCAAUUCCUCACUGAUCUCCACUUCUGACAAAUGUACAGAGAACUUUCACUAAAAUGUACAAAAACUAAAAUGGCUUGAUUAAAAUAGUGAUCAUUAAGGCUGCUAACGGCCCUGCUUAAACAUUUCGUGCUAGAAUAUAAGCUACAGUGGCCCACAACUGUCAUGGCAAAACCAAAACCUCAUGGCAAAAACAAACUACCUCAUGGCAACACCGAAGACCUCAAGGCAAAAACAAAAACCUCACAGCAAAAACAAAAUACCUCACGACAAAACCAAAACCCUCACCGCAAAACCAAAGACCUCAUGGCAAAACCAAAUACUUCACAGCAAAAACCAAAUACCUCACGGCAAAACCAAACACCCACGGCAAAACCAAAGCUAUUUUGUUUUUGCUGUGAACUAUUUGGUUUUGCCAUGAGGUUUUUGGUUUUGCCAUGAGGUAUUUUGUUUUUGCCGUGAGGUUUUUGGUUUUGCCGUGAUGUUUUUGUUUUUGCCAUGAGGUUUUUGGUUUUGCCGUGAUAGUUGUGGGCCACCAUAAUAAGCAGUGAAUCUAUUGUGCAGUCUUUAAUGAAUUUUUUUACCCAUAAACGAAAUAAUAAUGAAAAUUAAUAGUAAUAAUAAUAAUAAUGACAAAUACUCCAAGUUCUAUUUGCCUCAUUCAUCAUUCAAACAGGUGUGCAAGAUUGCUCAAGACUACAACAUUAAAAUUGUUCAUCGUCUCAAAGAAGGGAAGUACAUUAUACUUGGGCGAAUCAUGUUUGUGCGGGUAAGUAUAACCUGAAAGGCCAGUUUUGUGCAUUUUAAGAUUUUGUUGCUGCAGAAAAUAUCCCUCCUCCAUGAUGGGUUUGGCUUGCCCCACCCCCCCUACCCCCAAGAGGCACUUCAAAUUCUGACCCUGUUUAAAAAAAAGUUGUUCAUUUUGCUAUCCUUAUGACUGUAGAAUAGACCAUUUUCGAUAUAUUAAAAUUCAUACAGCAUCUUGGUUCCAAGGCUUGGGGGAAUAACACAAAAGAUUUUUUUGGGUUUAUUCCCCCAAGCCUUGCAGCCAAGUAUGAAUUUUAAUAUAUUGGAACUGGUCUAAUAUGUAGUUUUUCAAACUAAAAACAUGGAAUUAGAUAAAUUGAAAAAAAUGUUGGUACCACAAAUGAAGAACUCUCAUCAUCAAUCCCCACACAUUUUAAAGACAAUUAGAAGGCUUUGACGGUCCAAAAUAUGCUAAUAAGUGAGAUCAUAUACCACGUUUUAAGACUCAAGACCCUAAAAACCACCCCUGUUCAAUUCUCCUAUGCAGUUAAGGCCAAAUAAGGGAGUGCUCUUCUCUCCAAGAACCCCCUACUCCUUUGAAGAAUUCCAGUUAUACUUAAAAGUUUGGUAUUUUUAUGACCCCCCCCCCAACUGAAUUUCCUAUGACUGUCUAUGGUAGGUAUGGAUAUUUCUGACACCACAAGUUCUAUUUUACCUCUUUGGACAACUUUGUCCAUCGGAAAAUGGGUGAAAUCUUUUUUCUCAUUUUUUUUGUGAAGUUAAACAGUUUACUAAAAAUAAUCCUGUAACAUUAAAAUUUUUGUGUAAUAUUGGCCCCAAUUCAAUUAUAACAUUAUUUAAUGUAUCUUGUUUGCAUUUUCUUUGUAGAUGUUAAAUGAUCAUAUGUUGGUCAGAAUUGGUGGUGGUUGGGAUACACUGGAACACUACCUCAUGACCCAUGCACCAUCUAAAGAAGGUAUGUAGGCUAGGCUGUACACUGCUGUGUUAUUUUGGCCUGUGUUUGGAGGUCAUGGAGUCUUCAAGAGGCUUAAGGGUGUCUGACCGCUAAUAGGAUUUAUUUGAUUACUAAGGAUAGUCUCAUGUCUUGAUAGUCAUGACCAGGAGCCCAUGGACUCCUGUCAUGACAGGGUGGUCGAGGUGUCAAACUAUCUACAAAAAACACUACCAGCCAAAAUUGGCGGAUCUAGCGGAGGAGCCCAGGGGGCCCUGGUCCCCUCCUUACUUUAAGGUCAAACCGAAACCUGCAUAGCUUGCUAAUGCAGAUGUAUUUCUGUAUGCCGCUAUUCUCUUUUCCUGAAAAGUAAUUUUUUGGGUGGAGAGAAGCAACAGCCAGAAAUACAUUAUUUUGCAUUCAGGGCUGAGAAGAAUUGUCUUUGAUGCCGGGGUCCCCUCUUUUCUGAGGCACUAAAUGAGCAAUAAUAAUCAUCAUCAUCUUCAUCAACUUUAUUUAACGAGGGUAACACAGGAGAGUAAUUCAACUGAAUAACUAGUGGCCCUCAAACUAAAACUGUAAAAGAUAAAUUAAGCAACCAAAAAUACAUAUCAUUAAAGAAAAAGGACUAUAAGUAUGUAUAUGAAUAAGACUAAAAAGUGUAAAAACUAUAUUACAAUAUUAUUAUAAAAUAUCCUUACAAUGAACAUCUACAAAUUAUUACAAUAAGAAUACAACUAGGAUGGGUCAAACUAGAGGAAGGUUGUGAAAUGCCGGAUUAGCUUAAAACUAAGAAAUAAAAUUAAGUUUCACUUAAAAUAAAUGAAGAUCUGAAUUCACCACUGACCUGAGCUCUAAUGCUAUCAUGUGCAAGUCUUAUUCUUGCCCAUCUUAAUGCACCCACGACAAUUUCUUACUUUCCAACAAAUAAAUCUGGACUAAUAAAGGAAGAUCAUUUUAAACAAUAAAGAUUGAGAUAAAUAAUCAGUGAUAGUUUCCAUGUUUUGAUGUUUAGUAAUGAUUAACAAUAUCUUUGGCAUAUUAUAACCUUCGAAAUUAGUAGUCGGAACAUCUUCGGUAGCCCUAAGAACAUUUUCAGAUAGGCUCGGCAGCUGGUUUAAUAAAUGGAGAUAAAAAACUCAUAAAACACCAGCGUUGAAAGCGUGGACAGAAGUAAUCUGACCCGAGUCUGAUCAGUGAAACAUGUUGUUGUGCCAAGAAAAUCAACUUCAGGAGUUGUAUUAAACGAUCAUGUCUCAUAAAUCGGCUUAGAUAAGUUUGUGCUUUAUUCACAAAUAAAGGGCAAACGGUUCUUAACGGCGCUGGUGAGGCACGUUUCGGGCAAAGUUCUUAUUUUCUCAGGGUCUGUAAUCUUGACAUCCCUUGAACUGACUUUGCAGACACCAUAAACACUGAAGUACAUUAACAUGAAAUUUCUGCAGUUGGCCUAUUUAGCUAUAGAUAUGUCUACUUGCUCUUAUAAACGAUAUUUUUUGUGUGAAAAGUGUUGUGUUACAAUUGUUACCUGAGCAGGAAAAAUCAUUUCAGUUCUUCAAGGAAAAAAAUAGCUAUCCUGUUUCAUAACAAGAAGGCAUAAAUUGUGUGACAGGUGAAAAAUGUAGUAAGAUGAGAUUAGCUCAGGCUUACGUACGCACCUCGCGAAGGCAUCUGUCAGAAGCGAAGAUUUUUUAUAACAGUUAGGGGGCAGAGAAAUGGAUAUAUUUCAAACAAUUUCGCAAGAUUAUUCUGAUGCUACUCACCUUUGGCUCGGUUGGAUUUAAAUAUUGUAGGCAAGAGAAAAACUGGCUAGGCGAGUUAGUGAUUUGCAUACAGCUGACUUUGAAAGCAGUAAACAGAAAUUUGACGGCUUUUGUUAUUUGUUGCGUUUUGAUUGGCUGACGUCUCCUAACACGCCCUUACGAUUGUUUCCCGUGGUUUGACUGCGCCCUAGCGUAAAAUGGUUCGAUUGGACCGAUGUUAUAGAGCUCUUUUUCUACGUGCAACACAACUUGUAUUGGCUUAGAUUUCAGCGGCUCUUGGCAUUUCCAUCUGUUGUGCUGUUUUAUUCCAAAGCACUACUCCCAGGAACUUCGAUUUCGAAGGUAAAGUUUUGUUACUUUUCCACGAGUUUUGUCGCGUUUUGUGUUUUUGAUACAUGUGUGUGUAUUUGAGGAGAAGAGUUGUGUUUUGUGAGAUAUCGUGUUUUUGGAGGAAGGAUCAAGACAGAUGUCUGCUGGCUUGUCCUUCGGGUACCGAACUAUAAAUUAAAAAACAGUCUGCCUUACAUCUACGGUAAUGUCUUUCCAGCAAUCGUUCGAGAACGGGUUUACAAAAGUCGGUCAUCGAUGGAGUCGCCAUUAGUAAUAUUUUUCGAGUCGCUUGUGGACUCCAACAGUGAUCAACGCUCGAACCAUGCAAAGUAACGCUCUUUUAAUUUGCCACAUUCAAAUUUCUGUCUCUUGAAAUCUCGCUUGAAUUGAGUUUGUUAUUUCUAGCAAGUAAUGUGUAAACAUUCCCACACCUACAUUCCUAUCAAAUCGAAGAAACAGAAUCGCUAGUCAAUCGUACGCGUGCUGAUUAGAGUCGAAACUGAAAAUGUGGAAAGCGUGAAUCAAUUCUUGAAUGCCAAAAAUGUCACCUAAUCUAUUCGUGUUAAUUUUCACGCUGACCCCUUGUACACUUUCAAAGUAAUUUUUACUUGACCGCGUAGAAUUCUGAAUCGUAAAUUGGCCGAUUCUUUCUUUUGAAAGAUCUUGAACUUAUUAGUUCAGACAGUUGUAUUAGUUACUAAAAUUCUAGUCCAUUUGCUACAUCAACAUACAUAAUGAUGCCUCGAUUGUGCACGCAACGGAAAAUCGUGUGAAUUUUAUCGAAAUAAAAAUCUUUUUAGUUUUUGACGAUUCACAUGCAGUCGCUAGCUAGUUACAAAUCUACUAUUGCUGAAUUAGAAACGUACAAUAAAAUUGUUAUGCUCUAAUUGAUGGAAAACAGAAUGGCAAUUUGACUCACGUAAUUAACGUCUUAGGAAAUGGUCUGUUAAUCUUAAAGUUACACAGUGUUAUUCUGUGAUUCUUCAUGCCAACAACAUUUCUGUAUUAUCUUAGUUUUAAAUAUUACGAAUAAAAGUGUAAUUAUGAGAAUAACCAUUUUACUUUUUUUUUUAAGUUGCCAGACUUUUCUAAGCAAAUACUUAUAAGUUGUACUUCAGAUAUCAGAUCUUACGUCCGAUAACUGUACUGUACAUUUAUUAUAUUCUGCUGGUGAUUAGUCUAACCUUACGUUUGUUGUCACUUGACAACUUGCCACACCCUGACUAAAUUUAGCUGAUGCUGAUGUAAAUUAGGGCUGCAUUAUCCUUUAAUCAGAGAGAAAAACAGUUUGAGCAAAAUGAAUGUGGACAAACAUGUAAAAAUUACAAAUAUUAUAAACAGAAACUAAUUAUUUAACUGCAAAUUGGUUCUAUUGUCUUUUGACCCACUUUAUUUCUGUAUCAACAUGGAAUUGUGUGGAACAGGAAAUGCCAAUAUUUAGAUUGUACUCUUCUGAAGAGAAGGAAAUUCUGAGUCCCAAGCUUAAGGACCUACCCAGCAAGAAAUCGCGAUGAACCAGUAAUUUUGUUACAAAUAGUUAUGGUGAAUCCUGGCACUCAUCUUGUGAAAAAUCAUGAGUCCCUGUCCAUAACCAAUGAGAAUCAGUUCAAAAAACAGGGAGUCCUAAACUGAAAAUACUUGGGCCUUCAUGUAACCAGACAGUUAAUCUGGAGACAGAUGCUAAAACUCUUUAUUAGAGUUUACUGAAAUUAAAAUACUACAGUAUCUGUAUGUCAGCUGCCAACACAUGAAGAGACCAAAAUUUCAUUUAAUAUCAAGGAUCAAGACAAAUCAAAGUUAAAGUGUUUGUAACUUUAACCGAAAGAAUUAACACAUUGCUACAAGUAUGUCUUCCACAAAUUUGCAUUUUGAGCAAACAAAAUUUUUUGGAAAGUUUUUAAGUGUAAUUUUCUUUGGCGCUUGACCUAUCCUAUCUUCUGAUUACAAAAUUGACAGGCUCAUAAUAUAACAUCAUGAGACAAAUUCAGAAACUGAAAAUCAGGAUUCUAUGCAUACGUAAAUAUCCCUUUUUUAAGGGUUGUCAUUGUAGUUGUAUCAAAUUGCUAACCAUCUUACUGGCAUGUUUUACUAUUUAACAGCUGUUUUAGUUUAAGAAAAUUUGGAAAAAACAUUUCUAGAGCUCAACACUUGUUUACUUGUAUCUAAAGUUGCAUGCUCUUCUAUUUACAUCGAUCACAGCAAAUUAACUUGGAUGUAACUAAAAUGUACUGAAGAUGUUUUCAAUGUUAGAUAUGACAGUAGUUUAUUGUUUUUAAACAUAUUAUCUCAACUGAUUUAAGGUCUCAGGUCAGUAAUACUAUUAGCUGCCAUGGCAACUACAGCUGUAAGUAGAAGGACUAGGGAAGUGUACACUGUUAGCCUGCCACUCCACUGCAGUCAAACAUCUUGCCACUGGAGUUUUCUUGUUUCAUUUACUGGGAUUUCAUUUACUAGCUCGUGGAAACAUGGGCAGGGAUGGAUGAAAUAGCUGGUAAUCGACUGUAACUUCAUCUUGUCAUUUUCUUGUCAAGUUGAAAAUGUAUUAAUUUACACUUGAGUAACCAUGGCUGACCCACCAGUAACACCAGUUUCUGUGUUAAAACACUAAUACAACGUUUUUAAGUAAUCUUUCAAAACUUUUAGUAAAUUAAACAGCGUGUUGGUAAUAUCUUUUACAUUCAUGUAAACACGGAAAGUAACAACCUUAUCUCUGAAGUACUUUGCUUAGCUGUUGCAAUUUUCUCUCAUUGUUCCACGGCAAAACUUGCCUCAGUUUGACUUUGCUGUUGAUCCCCAUUAGACUCAUUUUAGUAAUGUUUUUUUUUUUUUUUUUUUUUUUUUUAUCAAAAAAAGGAAUAGUAUGAAUCAAAAUUCAUUUUUACCACCAGGCCUCAGUUGUUCAAAAGGUGGAUAAUGCUAUCCAUUGGAUAAAUCUCUAUCCAGUGGAUAGCGCAAUUGAUUUCCCUAAUACUUAUCCGCUGGAUAGUAAUUUAUCCGAUGGAUAGCACUAUCCAUCUUUUGAACAACUGGAGCCUGUCCUAUGAAUUUUCUGUGUUAUGAUGGCAUGAACACUUUAACACAGAUGCAGUUUGUUUUCUGACAUGUUAUUUGUGCGUACAUUGUCAAAUCUUCUUACUAUGUUAUCAGGCGCCCAAAAUUGUAACUUGGAACAUUUUCAUUUCGGCCUUCAGUGUUAUAAUUUCUUUUAUUGGUUCCCUGCAGUUGUUGCAGUUUCUUAACCAUACGAUUCACUGUGGCCUCAGAAAGAAGCACUUGCUAUAGAUUUCAGUAAUCUUCUGGCUCCUGGUUCUAAUAGUAAAUUUAAUGGCAGUUGAAAUCUUCAUCCAGUAACUGAUCCUGCAGCAUUGGUUGUUACUGCCAUUUGUCUCUGUUUGCUUUUUAAAAGUUCUCACUUUCUCCUGUAUGUAAUAUUUUAAUAAUUUUUCUCAUAAGAUGACCUCUUGAAGUAGCUUUCUACGUGGGUCCAUAAAACAAUGUGUGAGAGAUUCUACCGUCAAAAAUUCUUUUUGCACUUGUGUCAGUCAAAAGGUUUCUGUCACUUAUUUGCAGUCUAUUUAGGUACCUGCAGUCGUGAAGCAGUUUUGGUGUGAAUUUCCUACUUCAGAAACUGGAGAAUUAGUAAAAGCUUUGGGAGCAGUGAGUUCUGGGAUUGUUUGGGUGGACACGCGUUAGUUAUGAUUGGUCCAUGGUAUUCAUGGCAACCAUUAACCAAUCAUAAGGUGAUAACACUUGUCCACCCUAACGAUACCAGAAGUCUUUGGGCUGAAAGCUUGCUACUUGACAUUGUUUCUGGUGGUAUGGCUUAGUUUGGCAAUAUAAACACCAUCGAAAUCCAACCCACGAGUGCUAAUUCAUGAUAUUGCUCACACAAUUUUUAGUCAUAAAAACUUCCAAGAUUUAAGAUGCACUCAUUUUACAAAGUUUUUAAAUAAUUAAGGUUGUGAUGGUGAUUAGGUUUUGAUUAAAAUCGCUAACUUGAAACGGACAAACAGCUUGAAGUGUUUAAAUCUGUGCGUCUGAAAUGUAUUUAGUGCUAGAAUGGUGCCAUGACCUUGAGUUCUGCAGCAUCGCAGAUGAGCGCUUUCACUUCCCAAGGUUUCCCACAUUUGCUUCUAAAAAUAAUCAACUCAAAGUAAAAUACUUUUGUAACCUUCAGAACUAAUUGGUUAAUGAUUAUUUGUUUACGAUUUAUCAUUGAUAAACAACUCCCUUAAUAAGGCUGUAAACAGCGCUGGAAUUUUGUUUAGAAAUUGACACAUUAUCGCGUUUGAAGAAAGGAAAUGCAUUGGCUUUCCUGUUGCUUUUUAAUUUUUCUUCAUUACCAGCAGAAGGAAAAUUAAGAUUUGCUAGGGACUGACUUCUCCCUUCUUGCUUGUCAAAACGGGUUAAUUCAUCUGGCGUCUCGGUCGAACGAGCGUCCAUAGUCUGCUAUUACCACAAGUCUAAUUAGUAACAAACAGUGGUACUGAAAAUCAAUGACUGAUUACAUUUGAAAGAUGACUGGUUGGCUCAUAUUGAAAUACAUCCUGCGUUACGCGUGGUAGGUUCUAGAAUGUCGAACGCGCGCGGACGCGACGGGCGCGCGAGGUAAUGGGAGAGGUGGCUUUCGAGAACACCUUUGGUCGUUGACUGGUACAAACGUUGCAUUUCAUUGAAUUUUUUGAAGACGUUUAGAGGAAAAACUCUUUUUUUUUUUAUUGUUGUUUUUUCUCACUGAAUAUUCAUUUUUUGCCGAUUUUUUAUUCUUGUAAUAUUCUUAAAUUUGCAUUGAAUUUUUGUAUGUAUAUGUAUAUGUAUAUGUAUUACAUGUACCGUUCAUCGAACUGUCAUUAGCGUUGAAAUUUUGCUAUAGCGACGUUUGAAAUGAAUAAUUUUAUACGGUUAAGUUAAAAACAUAAAACUGUAUGGUAUUAACAGAUGUUUCUACACACACAAAAUUAUAUCUAUUCUUAGAUAAAACGCAAAUUUUCGAUAUUCUUAUAAAAUAUAUUCCAAAUCUGCUACUUAGAUCCACUAUCAUUAUUUUAGCAUAUCGCUCAGACAAACCAUAUUUAUUAUACGCGAUACAACAAAUGUUAACUCUAAAAACUUGAAAUUCUUUACAACUGAGUUGGUUAUCUGGUCUGGCAAAAACGUGUCGAACAAUAUUCCCUGACUCAGAGUGAUUUGAAGUUGCUCGUGAUUUCGAAUAUUUCGUCCGAAUCAGUGGAAGAAUUUUAUCUCUUCCUCUUUGUCUAUAUGACAAAACGAGAAGUGGGAAAUCAGGGAUAAACUUUUUUGAUAAAACGAGACUCGAAUCUCGAAGUUACAUAUUUUGAGAAAUUCUCGUGUAAAAUUAUUUUUAGUUUAUCUUUGUAUUUUAAUUUAUUUUAAUUCGUGUCCCUAAUUAGUGCCGAUGGCGCUAGAACGACCAGACACAAUAAUAAAGGGCUAUGUAUGUAUGUAUGUACUCUUAAUAUUGAUUUUAGUUCCAAGUCAUUUUUCUUACUAAGAUGUAUUUUUUUAAAUAGACGAAAUGCACGGUGAUAUUGAUUAAGUUUCUAUUUAAAAAAAUACAUUUUUAGUGCCGUUUCUCAGUUUUCUUUUAAGAGAAAUUGUUGCCUAGGAGUUCACAUGGAAUUUAGUUCAAGAUACCAGGCGAAAGAAAAAUACCGAACAGUUGAUUUUACGAAAAAAGUAACGAUUCCUUACAUCCGAAGGUUGGUAAAUGAACUGAAAACCGUUUAACAUCACGAAUUUAAGGCUCUUAUUCGUUGUGUUGUUUUACAAAAACAACCUUUUUAAUUUUACGGUUGUCAGCUUGUUUUGUCUUUAAAGAAUCCUGUUUCUCGUAUCGUGGUUGGUUGAACGAUAUGUUGGCGUUAUUUGCCUUCAAGCAUUCUAGGAUUUGCAAGCAAAACAACUUUUAAGUGAUCAGUUAAAAACAAAUGACGAAAAGUCCUUUAAUUUCGAACAACAGUGCGUGUUUCAAGCUUAGGCAUAUUACUGUGUAUAUAUAUUAUUGUUAACAAUGAGUUACAUUGUGUUUAUAAAUAACGAUUAUUUUGCCGGACUGGUAGAAUGCAGGUUAAGUUUAGUCUGUCCCCAGAGGUAGUGUAAUUUCGAGGCAACUUCAUCAUUCAUUACACGAAGACAGCUGUAAAAUUUUUCCCCUCCUUAACUCUUUUGUAACGAUUCUGUUUAUUUUUGCAGCCCUUGAAACCCGAAGUACGCCAAGUUCUCAAGCCUUCACCAGCCCGCGGAAUUCUAUAUCGGCCAACAGUGGUGUCAGGACAAGCCUGAUCGAAAAGUAUAAAAAGAAAGAACAAGUAGGAGUUGUCAAUAGAGGUAAGUAACUUCUAAUUUAUUCUUAUGCGGAAGAAGUGCAGUUUCCGCAAUUUCCAUAUGUUUGACGUUUAGUCAUUAGCUUAUCCCAGUAUUCUUUCGAAUAUUGUCGAAGAAUGUUUGGUUAGUGAGUUCACUAGGAGAUGAGUUUUCAUUCGUAAUUUUAUGCACCUGUUGUUCUUCUAUUCGUAGUUUAAACUCUAGAAUCGGUACAGUACACUUUUCUGUUGACAAGAAACCCGUUUGUAAAUUUUUGUUGCAUAUUAUCUUUACCGGGAAAGGGGAUUAGCAAGGCAUUUUUUUUAAAGUUUGUGUUUAAAAACUUUGAUCAUACAAUUCAUCGUUUAAAGACACUUUUAGCGGCCGUUGACGUAUAUUGGACGAUUCUCGUUAUCCGUCUUAGUCUAUUUCAGUCGUGAUGCAGCAUUAUGACAAGUGUACAUAUUUGAUGCGGCAAAUCCUUUAUGUCUGUUUAUUAAUUUUUAAUUUCUUCUGUCUCUAGACUCGCCAGUUUAUUCUUCCCAAGGAAGCUUGCACCAGCAAUUAGGGAAUCAAACCUCGCCAAAGAUCAAGGAUAGAGGGAAGCGGAGUUCUCUGACAGGCAAGGACGAAAAAGACAUAACAGAGGCUAUACGCAAAAUCUCCUCAUCUGUCUCGCAGACUCUAGCCGACCGACCCGCUAGUUUUACGAGCAGGACAUUUAACAUUCUUAAGAGUCGUUUUGACAAGGGAAUAUUUGGUGCAAGUAGACGAACGUCGUCACCUGAUAUUUCAGUAAAAGGAAGUAAAAUUCGAAGGCGUUUAAGUGAUACGACUGCAAUGGCGGAUUUAGCUACAACUCUCGCAUUUGAUGGAGAGCAAGUCCCUGUCGUAAAUAACAAUGUUUCGGAAGAAAAACAACCCGAUUCUGAAUCCACUGAGGAGAUUGGCGUAGGAAAGAUCGUGGUACCGAAUGCAAUCGCAUCCGGAGAGGAACCACAAGAUAACACUGCUCCAGACCAGAUCGAUGGUACCGUCCCAGCCGAAGAGUCACUUUCUUCUGAACAAUCAAGACUUGAAGACUUGUUAGGUUCUCAGGCGAACGGAAAUGAUAAUAUGCCCGAUGUUUCGUCGUUUGAUCCCUUGGCAGCAGCCGCCGAGCAGGACAGGCCGGUCCUGACCGAUACCACGUCUUCAGAAAAACCCGAGGAACAACCUAGUAACAGCGAACUUAUUGGUAAUGGUGAAUUGCCUCACGAUGAACAGCCCUCUGAGCCUGAAACAACCGUGGAGCCUUCACCGCCUCAGGAUCUUGACAAUUUAUUAGAAAUUGCAGACACUAAACCAGUUUUGGACAAUACUCCAGAGGCUUCACCGCGGCUGAUUGAUAUUGGAGAUUUAUUGCAGGAUUCGCAAGUCAGUGCAGCAGUGGAAGGAACUGUGGAGUCCUCGCCGUUGAUUAGUGUGGAGGAAACUGCUGCUCCUAAGGAAUCGGCUCCGGAAACAGAAGGUGCCGAUGCUGAGCCUGUCAAUUCGGACAAUCCUGUUGUCAACGAGGACACGACACCAAGUGUUGAAGACGUUCCCCCCAGUGAAGUGGAUCCAAGUCCGGAAGCCGAGUCGCAACCUCCGGAAGUGGCACCUGUAAAGAUUGAAGAACCCUCUACGGGUGAAGAAACUGUAGCUAUCUCUGAGUCACUGGAACCUUCUAAAUUAGAAGAAGAACCUGCAAAACCCGACGAAGCAGUUCCUAUUGAAGAAACGGCUGCUGGAGAGCCUGAACCACCCAAGCCGGAGGAAGGGACUGUUAAAAUCGCUGAGCCUGUUAGCCUUGUAGCGGACGUCAAAUCUGAAGGCGAAAGCACGGGAGUGGCUCCUACUGUGGAAGAGACGAGCACGCAGGAAGAAAGCCAGGCUCAAGAAGCCACUGUUGUUGAAGUUGCUGAGAGUGCGCUAGUUAUAGCGGCUGAAGUGAAGGAAGAGCAGAAGCCCGCGGAAGAUCAGCCUCUGAAGGCAGAGAAGCCAAAGGAAAAGACUACAAAGGCAAAGCCUGCAGCGGCUGGCACAAAAGAAAAGUCUGCAUCUAAACCUAGCUCAGCGGCGAAAAAGCCAACUGGAGCUGCAAGACCCACUUCACCUACAAAGGUUGCCACGUCGGCGGCGGCGAAAAAAGACGUUAAACCGCCUACUAAGAAAGUGCCGCCUUCCAAGCCUGCUUCGGCUAAUGCGUUUGCUGUGAAGGCAACAGCAACAAAGGUACCUACUACCAAGACUCCAGCCACAAAAACUCCAACCUCAGCGGCUGCGGGUGUUAAGAAGCUUGCAGCGAAGUCUAAUGAAACCAAAGCUGACGAGGCGAAAAAACCACAAAGACCCAAGAGUGCAGUAUCAGCUCGUCCGUCUACACAACCCGCUGGACGUGCGACGAGUCAGGCGCCAGAUAAGAAAGUUCCGGCGUCGGCCACGAAAACGCCCGCGACUAAACCUCCUGGUCAAGACGUAAAAGAUGGUGGUCCACCAAAAAGUGCGCCGAAGACAACAACGGCUAGACCUUCAUCUGCAAAACCAACUGCGAAGACUACCACCACUGGAAAGAAACCACUUUCUGCUAAACCGACGCCCACACCAAGCACAAAGCCUGUUGACAGUAAAGAUGGGACUGCACCCCCAAGAAACCAGCCGCUCGACCUACAAGUGCCAAACCCAAGCCCACGACCAGUUCCACGACCACAACCACAACCGUGA